ACCCUCCUCCAGACUACUUAGGUUUUUUGGCACCUGUAAUGCUAACCAGGAUAAUGGAGAAACCUUUUCCUGCAUGUAUAAUACACAUAUCAUGUUGUAGAAAUGUGCAAGCUGGGAUAUGCGUAUAAGCAUUGGAUAAAUGGUAAGGCAAUGAGGAGGUGGUGGGAUACUCAAAAGUUACAUAUUAUUAAUCAUUAAGAUUUUUGCCAACUGAAUGAUGAGUGCAUCAGUGCAGAGUUAUAGUUGGAGAAAUGAGAUUUGCAACAAGUUUAUUGACCGUGGCUAUUUUUGCAAUAUCAUUAAUUUUUUUUGCAGAAUUGCAUCCAUGUCCAUCUCAUCUUGCUCCUGGUCUUGAACUCUUCGGCCAUGUCCUACCACCACAGUUUUAUGGUCAGUUCACUUCAAGGAAACCUGAGCCUCGUGACUGAGGGAACGUUUUUUUCUUUGCUCCAGCUCUUUGAUCGAAACCUCAAUGGAGGCAUCAGAAAACUGAGUUGCCACACAUGUCCAUAUUCAUUCAUUCAUUCAUUCAUUCAUUCAUCAUCGUUGAAAACAUUAGCGACGCAGUGGUGCUGAUUUCCGACGGGAACAGUACCGGACGCACCACACAUCUCUGUCCUCCAGUUCCUGCGGACUUCCGCCGCUGGAAGUAUAGGAUUUUGGUGUGCGUGCUUUAUCGUCAUUCCUUACAAUGUUAUGUACGACAGUGAGCGCAACUUCUAAUGAAGUGUGGAUGGCCGUUGGCUCGCUAGAAGCUCAUCCGCCCUUUGACACGUCUUGUUUUUGGUCCUGCUGGGGGUCAAUAGCCCCCUCCUCACCUGGCAAACCAGAUGGGGGAGACGGUUUAGUCGCCGACUAUCCUCCAUGGAGCAGGUAGCACGGGAUUAGAUGGUACCCAUGGUGGGGGGAACUCCCCCCGACCUGACCUGUCCAUUUGGGUUGCAUCAAAUUAUUGAUGUAAUGAGUUCUGCAGUAGUUAAAGUCAAUAAGCAUCAUAAAAUUAGGUAAAAUUCAAUCAACUAAAGAUAGACACAAAAAGCUGGAGUAACUUAGCGGGUCAGGCAGCCUCUCUGGAGAAAAGGAAUAGGUGACAUUUCGGGUCGAGACCCUUCUUCAGAUCCGAAAUUGACAAAGGGUCGAGACCCGAAACAUCAUCUAUUUGUUUCCUCCAGAGAUGCUGUCUGACCCACUGAGUUACUCCAGCUUUUUGUGUCUAUCUUUGGUUUAAACCAGCGUCUGCAGUUCCUUCCCGCACAUUACGAUCAACACUACUUGGGUACAGCUGGUGUUCGACAAUCACUAAUAACAGCCCCCGAAUGACUGUCGGUUCAACGAGAUGCAAACUUGGCACCAGCUCAUUGCAGCAAUCACUUCAGUCAGGAGCCUCAAUGAGUUUCAAGUGCAAGCUGCAUGGUCAGACCAACAUGGAUCAUAUUCUUACUGUGAUUCAAUGUUUUCAGCACAGUCGGUAUUCUAACAAUCACCGUGCAGCUGACUGCAACUGUUAAAAUGUACAAGCUAUCCAACGUGGAAUGGAAAAAACAUGACGCAUAAUUAAUGUGUGCAAAAGGAUUCUGGAAAAAAAUAGUGUUUUGUUUACAUAGUUUUAUACUUUGUUUGAAUGUCACUCAUUCUGUUGGUUAUGUCUUUGACAGAUGGAGCUGAUGGAAACUUUCCAAAUUCAUCCUUGCGUGUUGCUGCCCACAGCAUUUCAUCUGAAAGUGUUGACUGGCAUUUAACAACAAUAGACUUCAGAUCUUACUGCUAACUGGGCACAUUUUCUCCCCAUGGCCUGUUUACUGGUGGGGGCUCUCCUUCUGGUAGCCCAAGCCUAUACGGUGCACUCAGGAACUUCUCAGUGGAGGGAAGGAACUCUGCUUCAGUCAUUAAAAUACCACGGUGAAUUAGAAGGCAAUGAAUCCGAACACAAAUCGCCACUGCCGCAGACUUCCAUUACGAGCCAAAUAAUUCCACAAACCAUAAUUAUUGGUGUUCGCAAGGGUGGGACCAGGGCUCUGUUGGAGAUGUUGGACAUUCACCCUGAUAUUGUAGUUGCUGCCACUGAGGUCCACUUUUUUGAUUGGGAUGAGAACUAUGUGAAAGGUUUAGAAUGGUACAGAACGCUGAUGCCAUUCUCUUACCCGCACCAAACCACAAUAGAGAAAACCCCAGGCUAUUUCACAUCGGUUAAGGCUCCAAAAAGAAUCCAUGAUAUGAACAGUUCUACCAGAUUGUUGUUGAUUCUGAGAGACCCGACUGAGAGAGUGAUCUCGGACUAUACCCAAGUAUACUACAAUCGGCUGGAAAACCACAAGCCUGUCCAAGCCAUAGAGGAAAUGGUCAUUAAAAAUGGAGCACUCAAUACUAAAUACAAGGCCAUCCAGAGAAGUCUGUAUGACAUUCACAUGGGCAACUGGCUACAUUAUUUUCCACUGCACCAAAUACACAUAGUUGAUGGCGGGGCUCUUAUUAAGAACCCAGUGGAAGAAUUACAGAAAGUAGAAAUAUUUCUCAACAUUCCUGCUAGGAUAAUGACGUCAAAUUUCUACUUUAAUCAAACCAAGGGGUUCUAUUGUCUUCGAAGUGAUGGCAAAGAAAGAUGUUUACAUGAAUCCAAGGGUCGACCCCACCCGGUUGUGAACGGGACUGUGCUGAAGGAGCUGCACGCUUACUUUAGAGAACACAACGAGAGAUUUUUCAGGAUGGUCAAACAAUCCUUUAACUGGCAUUAAAGCACGUGGAAGAUGCACGUCGCCUCAGCGAGGGUUAAAGCAAUCGAAACCAUUUUGCGAUUUUGUAACGGCAUCCUUUUUAAUUCAUGGACAAAUUAGAACAGUUUGUGGUCUGCUGCCAUCGUUGGUGGGCAGGGUCAACCAAUCGCCACACGAAGGCUGGACAAUAACAUCAACAGAUUGCGUCAUUGGUGAGAACAAACUUAGAACUCCCAAUUUUAAAGAAGAGAAACAUGCCCAGUGGCAAAACAUUCCUUGAUGGAAACAAGAAACAUUAAUAUACAGUAUAUUUCAACGGAAUUGACACUGCUGGUAUGUUCCGACGGUAUGAAUAUAGAUGAGAAAUAUUGACAACCCUUGUCAAUUAUUCUUUGCUUAAUUGGCUUGUUACCGUUUAUGUUCUGCUGAAUGUUGCUUCCCCAACCAGUUGACCUGGAAUUGCAUAUCCAUUUCCAAUUGAGUGUCUAAAUGACCACCACCAACCUUCUCCAAUAAAGGUAUUUUGCAUGUUUGAAGAUGCAUGAUAUUAUUUCUGUUUAAAAUAUUCAUACGUAAUAAUUCAGAAAUGAAAGUGGCAAUGGACUUGUGUUACUAUAUUCAAUACAUAUACUGUAAUAUAUUGUAAAUGGUUAGAUAAAAUUAUGAUUUGUGAACUUAUUACUCAUAGUUGCUUUAAAUUACCAAGAGCUCCAAUGUAAACCUUUUUCUCUGCCGUCUUUGUGCUAUUUAUAUUAAAAUAAAUAAU